AUGCAGAACGAUGCUUCUCGUUUUGCAGCUUCACUCAAGGCAUCACUUUCUCAAUGGGCACGCCAGGUGGGAUUUGGGUACCACCACGCAGAGCCUUCAUAUGUGAUGUUAGUGCAUUGGAUCCCUCAAACUCCCCCCACCAUCUCUGAUAAUGCUUCACAUCAAGCGGGAGUUGUAGCUUUUGUAUUCAACGAGGAGGGAGAGGUUCUAGUAGUUCAGGAAAUGUGUGGCCCUUACAAAGAUUUCGGGUUGUGGAAGAUGCCAACAGGAAGAAUUAACCAGGGGGAAGGCAUUAAGGAAGGGGCCGUAAGAGAAGUUCAGGAAGAAACUGGGAUUAAUACAGAAUUUGUACAAGUGGUUGGGUUCAGGGAUGGUCACAAUACCCCUUUCGGAAAAUCUGAUCUACUCUUCGUGUGUAUGUUGAGAUCCCUUUCUUCUAAUAUUGUUGUGCAAGAUACCAAAAUUUCAGCAGCCAAGUGGAUGGCGAUGGAAGAAUUUGCCAAUGUCAACGGACAAUGUGAAGGAUUUUCAGGCAUUGGGACAUCGUCUAACUCGCGCAAACCCUCUGCUUUCUUUUGCACUGCCCUUAAUUAUCGGCAUUUUCGAACUAAAGAACAAAGAUAG